AUGGACGGUGUCUCCGUCGCCAGCAGUAUUGCUGGUCUCGUUACCCUCACGUUACAGGUUGGCGGCACGGUUGCGACCUAUGUCACUGCCAUCAGGGAGCGGUCCAAGAAUGCCAGAGAACUCCAAGAUGAAUUGCUGCUGCUGGGCGAGGUCCUCAGCAACCUGCGGGAUUUUUUGAAUAGCGGAAAGGCAGCCGGCAGGUCUUUUGACAGCUACUCUGUUCUCUCGAAAGCCAUCAGAGAUUGUCGGCAGAGGAUAGAGCGCAUUGGGCAUCGGCUAAAGCCUCCGCCUGACGGCGGGAGAUUUGUCCGAGCUAUCGACCAGCUCAGAUGGCCAUUCGAGCAGAGGGAAGUCAUGCAGAUGGUGGACAAUCUGAAGCGAUACAGCCAGACCUUCCAGUUUGCGUUCACCAUUGAAGGCUUCAACCUCUUGUCCAAGUCGUCAGAAGAUGCCACGAAAGGCUUACAAGAGAUGCUCCAAGUUUCAAAGAAGAUCAGUGAGUUGUCUGCUCAGAUGGGCUUGUCCACCGAGGAGUCUUCCAAACGCGCCGCUCAACUGGAGCACAUCAUUGCCUUGGUACCCAUGCUUGCCAAGACCGCUGCCGACGUGAACGAGAUCUCUCAAGCUGCACGACUAGCUGAGUUAAGAGAGCAGGAACGAAGGACGACGGAUAUACUGGACUGGCUUGCUCCUGUCUCGUCACUGCACAAGCAUCGCGACCUCCAAGUACGACGGGCCGAGGACACAGGACGAUGGUUCCUCGAGCAUCGCGACUUCCUCGAUUGGCUCGAUGACAGAAGUACGAGUCAUGACGUCCUUUGCGUUGGUGGACCGGGAGCUGGGAAGUCUAUACUAUCCUCACAUAUCGUUGAUUUUCUGCGAGCUAGAUUCAAAGACCAGGACGUCGCCGUAGCUUACUAUUAUUACGACUACUCCGAACAAGUGUCACAGCACCCUGCCGCCUUUGCCAGGUGCCUUUUGCGCCAACUCAGCUCUCAUGCCGAAAAUGUGUCAUCUGCCGUUGCCGAGUUCUAUCAACGAACGAGGAAUGCCGUCAAAGACCAGACGUGGUUCCACGAUUUGUUGGCAGUCACGCGUCGGGUUGUUGCGACGUUUACCCGUUGCUUCAUCAUAAUCGACGCCCUUGAUGAGGCAGACAGCCAGAGCCAAAGGUCAGGCUUCUUCGAGGUCAUGGGCGCCAUUAGAUCCUCAUCGGGAAGCACGGUAAAGCUGCUUGCCACCACCAGACCCCACGCCUUUACUCUGCUGGACAAGUUCAACGACCCGGUGACAAUCGAAAUUAUUGCAAAUGCUGCAGAUCUUCGCCGAUAUCUCGUCCAAACGAUAGACGAACAUCCCGACUCCGAAGAUCUGAUGGGCCAUGAGCUUCGAACACAAGUUCUUGACACGUUAACGAAUACCGCUAAUGGCCUGUUCCUGCUGCCAGCUCUUCAAGUCAAGACGAUAUUAGACCAAAUCACAAAAGCCGAUGUGAAAAGAACAUUGCUCCAUCUCUCGACAGAUCUAACGCAUGCCUUCCAGUCCACGAUACAAAGGAUUUCGAACCUGUCUGUUACCAGACGAGAUCUUGCUUUCAGGAUAUUGAUGUGGUUAUCCCACGCCCGAAGGCCACUGUCACCAUCCGAACUGCAGCAUGCCAUGGCCCUGAGGCUUGAAGAUACUGAUUUGGACAGGGACAACUUCCCCUCUGUCAGGACCCUUGUUGACUGCUGUUGCGGACUUGUCGAGGUGGAUCAUGAGAGUUCGCUCAUACGCCUAGUGCAUCAUUCCUUGGAAGAGUAUCUGCGGCACCAUAAUCACGGCCUCUUUCAGGAUGCCAACCUUGUUAUCACCGGAACCUGUAUCAAGUAUCUGAUGCUUGAUUCGAUCAAGGACCUACCAUACAAGAAGAGGCAAGAUUUUGCCAAGGCUUUGGACGACUUUGCAUUCCUAGAGUAUGCAGCUCUUGAAUGGGGCCAUCAUGCCUAUCAGAUUUCCGCCGAGAAGAUCAGGGACACCGCCCUCCCUCUGCUUUCGGACAGCUUUCGCAUGUUCACUAUGGCUCGCGUGCGUGAUUUCCAAGCGAACCACCUUCGAAACUGGAAGGAGAAGACAUGGGCGUGGGCUUAUUCAGGUGGUGCUGGAAUCUGGUUAGCAGCUCAAUUCGGCCUUUCCGAGCUCCUCAAAGUCUUGAUUGCUCAAAAGCAAACUAACCUCUGUCUGGAUGCACGCGACGCGUAUGGACAGACAGCACUGCACACAGUAGCCGUUUCUGGUGAUGAAGAGGUCGCCCAAGUGCUCCUCCAGCAUGGAGGUAAUGUGCUGAAUGUGAAUGAUAGCGGAAGCACGCCCUUGCAUCUGGCAGUGUCAUUCCGACGGCUUUCCAUAGUGAGACUUCUUCUUCUUCAGUAUGGACGAGAGCAGCUGGAUUACCCGGGUCCUGAGGGAUUCACACCUCUACAUAAGGCGGUGGAACAAGGCGAUGAAGAAAUGGUCACUACCCUGCUGGAGGCAGGAGCAUUGGUAGCAGCCUCCAACAGUCAAGGAACGACUCCCUUGCACAUUGCAGCGCUCCGCGGCUACCUAGCCAUAGCGAAGCUGUUGGUAUCGGCGGGUGCUUUGGUGCAUGUGAGAGAUAGGCAGAGUCUAUGCCCACUUGACUUCGCCGCCACCGGCGGCUUCACAGAUGUGGUCGCCUACUUGGUCGAGAAUGGCGGCAACAUGUUCCACAGAGGGCGCGAACUCUGGACACCGCUGCACCGCGCGGCGAGAAGAGGCCACACUGAGAUUGUGCGCUUCUUUCUAGAGCGAGGAGCCAAUGCUCUGACUUUGGACUUCAGGGACAAUACUCCGCUACAUCUUGCCGUUCGAUCGGGAAGUAUGGGGGCCGUGAAAACUCUUAUCGAAUGCAGUCCUGAUUCAGAACUCAAACGAGCACAACUCUUCUGUCGUGAUAAAAAGGGAUCUACGCCACGAGAGGUCGCCUUCUUCACCGCUCAUUACGACAUCCACAAAUACCUGCGCGUCGCAGAAAAGGAGGCCCAAGGCAUGAGCGACCCAAGCAGCGCAAACCUGCUCCCCACGGCCAUUGAGGAAGGCGAUCUGCAAGCCAUUCAAGCGCUUCUCGCCAAAAGCCCUGACUUUAUCAACUCACUCGAGCAAGACGGCCAACCACCUCUGCAUGUUGCAGUCCAAGAAAAGCAGAGGUCUAUUAUUGAAUAUCUCCUCGGUAGAGGAGCUUCGAUCGAAACGGUAGGCUAUCACGGCUGGCGGGCUUUGCACAUAGCGGCCUCGUUGGGUGACGUCGACCUUGUGGAAUUGUGUCUAGCUCACGGCGCCAAAACCGACACGCGGACACAUACGAAUCAGACACCGCUCCAUAAAGCUGCGUCUUCUCGCUCCGUUGCGGUUGUCCGCCGGCUCUUAGCUGCUGGGGCCAACUCAGAGGCUAAAAACGACCGUGGGAUGACCGCUCUGCAUAUCGCCGCGAGUCAGAACGACAUAGACAUCGUUCGAAUGCUGGUGGUGGAAGAUGGGGUUGAUGUCUUUGCUGGAGAUCGCCUCAAGUUGACGGCGGCGAUGUGGGCAGAGAGAUCGGGGCACCUGGACGUCUUGUUCUACCUCCGAGGAGAGGAACAAAAAGUCAAAGUCAAAGUCAAGAACAGGAGCAUUACCGCUGCCCAAGAAGAGGCUAGCGAGGAGCUGAGGAGCAGGAGUGCAGAGUAUCCCAGUAUCAAAGAGCUGGUCGAUGCAUUGGGACAGGUUCAGGUUGAGGUUGAUGCUGCCGAGAAUGAGUCCCCAGGUAUAUAUGGACGGUAA